CACACUCGAACACCUUCAAGUUCAUUCUCAAAUUAAUUUUGACUUAGACCAUCCAACAUAAUUGAAGAAGCCGUUUUGGGAGGAGGUAGCCAAGGAGGUUGGUGGCAAAAUAAUACAGAGUACUCUUCUUCUCCUCCCGUCCGUAGAACUUUCAAAAGCUGAAGGGUAGCCAUCACCUGGCUGCAACAACUUGAGGAGGCAAACUUCAUUCCUUUGUUUUCGGCGACAACCCGGCCCCCCUCGAUGAAUUGAUAAACAAUGGGGAGGAAGACGAAGCCCAGAGAGAGAUGUUUUGGGUGGUGUUUGGCGGCGAUUGUCGCGGUGGCUAUCGGGUUGUCCAUUUAUGUGCUCAUGAAUCCCAAAGAUGGAGGGUUCCCGGAGCCGCCCGGAGUCACCAACAAGAAGUAUGCUGAUGCUCUCAAAGUGGCAUUGCAGUUCUUUGCCAUUCAAAAGGCUGGCAAGUUGGAGAAGAACGAAAUACCGUGGAGGGGGGAUUCGGCUCUCAAAGAUGGGAGUGAAGCAAAGAUUGAUCUGAGUAAAGGAAUGUAUGACGCGGGCGACCUCAUUAAGUUUGGGUUCCCAAUGGCUUACACCGCGACCGUGUUGUCGUGGGCCAUCCUCGAAUAUGGAGACCGUAUGGGGGUCGUGAACCAGCUCGAACCCGCCCGCGAUUCGCUUAAAUGGAUAACGGAUUUCUUGAUCAAUGCACACCCCUCUCCUAAUGUCUUGUACAUCCAGGUGGGGGACGCGGGACGCGACCAUAGUUGUUGGGAAAGACCAGAAGACAUGAACGGCGACAGGCCAUUGGUCCAAGUGAACACUUCUGUCCCUGGCACAGAGGUUGCAGCCGAAACCUCUGCAGCAAUGGCAGCCGCGUCCCUUGUGUUUAAGUCCACCAACGCCGGUUACUCCACACUGCUUCUGAAGCAUGCCAAAGAGCUGUUUGUCUUUGCAGACAAGCACCGCGGCUCGUACAGCCAAAACAUCGCCCAAGUAGCCAGUUAUUACAAUUCGACCGGGUACGGUGAUGAGCUCUUGUGGGCCGCAGCUUGGCUCCACCACGCGACCGGGGAUCGGUUGUACUACGAGUAUGCCACUGGGGAGAAUGCAGAUGAGUUUGUUCAGUGGGGGAGUCCAACCUGGUUUAGCUGGGACAACAAGCUUCCAGGUGCUCAGGUUUUGAUUUCUAGAGUGAGUUUCUUCAGUAGAAAAGGCCUCUCAAACUCUGUAACUCUCAAGAAGUAUAGGGGCACUGCAGAAGCCAUUAUGUGUGGCCUCUUACCUACCUCCCCAACUACCACUUCCAGCAGAACAGACUCGGGUUUAAUAUGGGUAAGCGAAUGGAACGCUCUCCAACAUCCGGUCGCAUCGGCCUUCUUAGCGGUUGUUUAUAGUGAUUACAUGCGCACUUCUCGCACCACAAAAUUGUCGUGCGAUGGAAAAGAUUUUACACCAUACGAACUCCGAAAAUUCGCCAUGUCACAGGCUGAUUAUGUGCUAGGAGACAACCCAAUGGAGAUGAGCUACCUUGUUGGGUAUGGAGAAAAGUACCCAACCUACGUUCAUCACAGGGGAGCCUCGAUCCCCGCGGGCGAGAAAAGCGGUUGCAAAGAAGGAUUCAAAUGGCUCCACUCGCCCAAACCGAACCCGAACGUCGCGGUUGGUGCACUAGUUGGCGGGCCAUUUCAGAAUGAGAGCUAUGUUGAUGCGAGGAACAACUCAAUGCAGGGGGAGCCAACUACUUAUAAUAGUGCACUCCUUGUUGGCCUUCUUUCUGGUCUGGUCACCACGUCUUCUGUGAUUCAGUCCUUUGUAUGAUGAAAUAAUGUAUAUAUAUGUUGAUAUGUGUAUAUGCUUUACCCAUAUCUUCAAAUUCCUACCUUCAUAUAUUCAUAUCAUGUAAAUGCAUAAUGGUUGAUGUAAAUUUUUUUUAAAAGAGGAGAUGAAUUUCGGCUCAGCUCGUUUGGUAAAAAUAAUGGCCAUGUGUUGGCUCAGCAAUCUCUCUCCAAGAGAAAUGACGUGUAGGCUUUAAUACUCCGUAUUAAUUAAAUUACUGUCUUAUUU